AGUCGCAGAGGUAUUCCCAGAGGUGAGUCUCAGAGGCGUGGCUCGCGCACCUUCCCACUCGCCUGGUUCUCUAUGGGACUCCUUAGGAGAAAGUGCCGCAGGGCCUCAAGCUCACAGCUGCCAUGAACUUCCGAUUCCCAGAGGUAUGGCCUGGCCCGCACACCUCCCUCCCUCCCCUUAUGGACAUCCAAUCAGCCUCCCCCGGAGCCAUCAACCUCGCGACGCUGCUCUGCCCCUGAUUCUCCCCCCCUUUUCCCCCCUCCAAUCCCGAAUCUCACGGUCGUUCUGCCCUCUUUCGCCCCCCUUUUCCCCCCUCCAAUUAGACAUGGGCAUGAGCCGAGCCGGCUCGCCGUCGAGCCUGGCUCGGCUCGAGUCUAGCCGGGCACCAAACAUGCCUGGCUCGGCUCGCAUUUCUGUGGGCGAGCCAGGGCUGGCUCGACUCGCCUAGCAUGCGCUUAAGCCAACAGUAGUGUGGGUGGAGCCUAUGCAAGUGCGCGUUGUUAAGAGUGGCGCGGGCUGCUUAAGAUUUCUCGCGCGAACUAACCUAAUGAGAUACUCCUAGGCGCACAGAAUUCUAGGGUUCGCGAAAUUGACGGGAAGUGGAUUGUGAGGAGGAAGGAGGGUGCAAGAGGUUAGGUUGGAAGUUGUAGAUGCAGUAGUGUGCAGUGCGGUUGAGCGGGGCAAAAGGGUUGGAUGUGUUUCUGGUCGUCAAAGUUUGGGGUUGCGACUGGUUGAAUUCGCGAGGUCGCAAUGUCGCGGGAAAGAAUUCCGCGUCAAACAUUUUGGGCGAGCGUUUAGCGUUUACCCUUUAAACGCAGCGUUUAAACGAUAAACGCUGCACCGCUUGAGCGAUUUCGGGAACAUAGACUAGGAGUUGUUGGCGGGAGAGAGAAACGGGAGACACGUUUUGUCGAGGGGGAAAUUUACCCUUGAAAUCGAGUGGCGAGCCACCUGGCUCGAAAUCAAGCCGGGGACGAGCCGGCUCGACCCCGGCUCGACGAGGACAUUGUGUACGAGCCGAGUCGAGCCGGCUGGCUCGACCGAGCCGAGCCGGCUCGGCUCGAGUCGAGCCAGAUCCCGAAAAGAAAGGCUCGGCUCGUCAUUUUGGCGAGCCGAGCCGGAUGUGGCUCGGCUUGUGCCCAUGUCUACCUCCAAUCCCGAAUCUCACAGUCGUUCUGCCCUCUUUCGCCCCCCCCCAUACCAGUACACGCCCAUCCCGCUGUCAGGCCUCAUCCCUUCCGCUUCCUCCGAGACCAUCAACCUCAUGACUCUGCUCUGCUCCUGGGACCUUCCCGUUUCUUCCCCCAAUCCCAUUCUUUUUCUGCCCUCCUCCUCGUUUUCCUUCCCAAUAUCCCCCCUCUUCUUGCCCUCUUCCCAGCAAACCUCCCCCCCGCCAGUAAACGCCCAUCCCGUUAUCCAAGUUGAUCCCGCCAGCCUCCCCCGAAGCCAUCAAACUCGUGACGCUGCUCUGCUCCUUCUGCCUUGCCCUCACUUCCCCCUCCCAAACCCCCCCCUUGUUCCCCCCCGCCAGUCAUCCCACUUACACGCCCACCCACUGUCGAAGCUCAUCCCAUCAGCCUCCCCCGAAGCCAUCGACCUCAUGACGCUGCUAGUGGCAGUCAGGUCCCGCCAGUCAUGCCAUCGCCCAAGCCUACUACCACCAAUUCCAGCCGGACCCACCCCGUCACAUCCCCGCACCUGCCCUCCCUGCCACUCACUUCCCCACCCUCUCUGCCUUCCCUCCGUCCCUUUUCCUUUCCCCCAACACAGAGUGGCAUUCAGGUCCCGCCUGUCAUGCCGUCGCCCAAGCCUGCUGCCACCAAUUCCAGCCGCACGCACCCCGUCACAUCCCCGCACCUGCCCUCCCUGCCGCAAGGCGCCAGCAAGCCCUACAGCCACCUGGACGAGCAUCUAGACGAGUGGGAAGGGGCGCCGGGGCAGUCGGGGGGAAGUGGAAUAGGAGGGGGAGGGGGAGGGGGAGGGGGGUACCUGCAACAGCCGCAGAAGCAGCCGCUGCAGCCGCACCUGCCACAGCAGCAGCAGCAGCAGGGGGGGUAUCAGGGCCAGGAUGGCUCUGGAGCAAGAGCAGCGGCUACGAUGCUGGCGCAGAAGCAGCAGCUGCUGCAGCAGCAGCAGUUGCAGUUGCAGCAACAGCAGCUGCAGCAGCAGCAGUUGCAGCAACAACAGCAGUUGCAGCAGCAGCAGCAGCUGCAGAGUCAGCUGUCAGGAGUUGGGCUGGAGCAGCAGGGAGCAAGGAGAAACUCGGGCCAGUAUGCGCAGCCGCAGCAGCAGAUGGCUCAGCAGCCCAUGGGGAAGCAGUUAGGAGGGGUGGUGGGAGGGCGGUCACAGGGGCAGUACGCGCAGCAGCAGCUGCAGCAGCAGCUUCAGCAGCAGUAUCAGCAGCCGCACCCGCUUGAUACAGAGCCGUCAGGGGUGGGUCUAGAGGCCCUAACACCAAGAACACGAACCCAGGUGCAGCAACAGCAGAUGCACCAGCAGCAGCAGCAGCAGCAGCAGCAGCAGCCGUACUCGCAAAUGCAGAAGAAACCACUGACUCUGCAGACUCAGCUCUCUGGAGUCAACCCUGCAGCACUGGAGACCCUAACCCCCCGCUCCCGUGCCCAGUACUACCAGCAGCAGCCGUUGCAGCCGCAGCUGUCAGGUGUAGGUCUCGACCCGCCAACCCCGCGCUCCCGGCAGCAGCAGCAGCAAGUGCAGUCACAAUACCAGCAGCAGCAGGCCCUACAGUCGCAGCUAUCAGGGAACCUGGCGGUCGCAGCUAUCAGGGAACCUGGGGGGUUGCAGUCUCAGCUGUCAGGGGUAGGCCUGGAGGCCAUGACCCCCCGGUCAAGAACCCAGGCCCAGCAGCUUUUCCAGCAGCAGCAGAUGAUGCAGCAGAUGCAGCAGCAGCAGCAGCAGCUAGAGUCGCAAGUCGCGGGUCAGGAGCAGGCACGUAUGCGUGCCCGUGCCCCUCCCACCUUGCAACAGCCGCAGCAGUCUGUGGGGCAGGGGCAGGGACAGGAAUACAGUAUAGUCUCACCGCGCGCCAUGCAAUCUUUUCAAGAUGGAGGGUAUGCCGGGCCUGCGGGCCUGCCGGAGAAUUUUUCGGGCAGACCGGACCCAAUGCAUAUGGAUGGAGGGGGGGGAGGGGGAGGGGAGGGGGAGGGGGAGGGGGGGCGGAGGGGGAGGGCAUGGGAAGGGGUCUCAGGGUAUGGGGUUUUUGGGGAGGAAGAUUGGCUCGAAGAGUAUGAGCAUGAGGAGUCAACAGCAGGCUGCGGAUGCUGGGGGAGGGGGAGGGGAGGAGGAGGGGGGCGGGAGGAGGAGGAGGUGGGCGGUUGGCGACGUUGCAAAGAUAUGGCAGCCAAUUAUUGGGUGGGCAUAUCACGGCACUCGAAUGCAUCUGCCUCUUCCUCUCGGUCCAGUGCUGCAGGAGCUGCCCCCAUGGAUAUGCAGAUGGACCCAACGCCUCACAUGGCAGCACCAUCGUCUCGCAAAUCAGCAGCAGCGCUAGCACGAGCAGGGUCAGCCGCAGCAUCCAUGGCAACAGCAGGACCCGCCUCGCCCCACGACCCCAGUGCAGGCUACUCCAGAAUGGGGACCUACCCAGCAAGCCACGCGCAGGAUGCAUAUGCGUAUGGCAAUGGGCCAGCAGACAUGGGCGGAGGGGAGUACUAUGGCGGGGGUGGCGGCCAGAUGGACAUGAUGGGGGGAGGCAUGGGGGAGGGGUUGGGGGAGGUGGGGUGGCAGGACCAGGAGGCAAUAUGGCUCGAAACGGAAGAUACCCAAUGGAUUCGGGGGGUUAUUCGGUGCAUUGAGAGGUCGGCUCGUUGAUUUGAUUUGCUGCUGUACUUCUUGGCUGCAACUGCCAUUGCUGGUGACUCGGAGGUCGGUUUCUGCUGCUGCUGCGUGUUGAAGGAGCAAGUACCAGCGGUCCCUUCAGCCAAUACCAGCAGCCCCCUGCUCACUAACCACCACAUCAUCUCACUACUUACAACAACCCUCCAGCUUAUCCAUUUAAUGAAUUUUCUGGGGUCCCUUGUCUUGAACAUGGCUGAGUGUUGUGGCAAUGCCACUUGUGGUUGCAGACAUCUUUGUGCAGUACUGGAAGGUCAAGCAGGCUGUUUAAUAGUCAUUGUUAUAUGAGAGUAUUGGCGUUUCUCCCUUUCAAUGUUGACCACU